UCCAUACCGUUGGUGCAUAUUCGAGCACAGGUGACUCCUAGUGUGUUGUUUGAUUCACGAAAUCUUAUAAUCGCCGCGAUUUCCUUGUACAGUUUGGACCCGCCGUGUCUAGAUUGAAUACUCCAACAUGUCGUUYUUCUCUGAGGCCAAGUUUAGAUUCAAGGAAGUGUCAGARGAUGGAAAAAUUGAGACGGAUUCGUUUCUGAAGGCRUGCUCCGAAAUUGUACCAUUUUUCGAUGUAUUAGGUCCAACAACAUUUGCACCUGUAAAAAUGGAUAUUAAUGGCAAUAUCAAGAAACUCAGAGGAUUCUAUGACUCAAAUCCUCAGAAAUUCAGAACCCUACAAGACUUAGUGGAUAGUGAAAUAAAUGCUAGAACAACAAAGGCAAAAAACUCUGCUACUGAUGCCCUACUUUGGCUUAAAAGGGCUAUGCAAUUUAUUUUAACAUUUCUCAAAAAAGUCUUGACGGGUGAACCUGAUUUGGUGAAAUGUGCUAACAUUGCCUAUGAAAGAACCUUAAARCAAUAUCAUAACUUUAUCGUCAAAGGGAUUUUUAAUCUUGCAGUAAAAAGUGUUCCAUACCGUAAAGACUUCAUAGCCAGCCUUGGGAGAGGAGUAGCAGAUGAAUUAGUGGUAUUGGAGGAGAUGCAGGCCUUUGUUGAUGAACUUGAUGCUAAUAUAGAUAUUAUUCAGGAAUAUUACAGUAAUAAUGGGCUUGAUCUUUAACACUUACCUGUAAAUUUAUUGAAAUUAAGCACAAGUCUAAUUUAAUUUUAAUCUAUUUGCAUGGGAGAUGCACCAUCUUGUCAGAUGAUGUGUACUACAGUCAACUUUUGCUGUGUAGACUUUCUGAUAUUGUAACCAUUCUAUGAUAUCCUGAGGGUGUCUGUUAUAACUGAGUGUUGACAGACCCCAGAAAAACAACUAAUUAAAUUUCUUUUGUUGCUUAACUUUUUAUAACUUUUCUUCCUGAGAAGGAAAAAAAAAGACUAAAUAAAAUAGGUAGAGAUUAUCCCAUUUUGGGACUGUUUCACAAAACUUUUCGAAAGACUGAGAAUUUAAGAAAGCUUUCGCAGUGAAUGGAAAAGUAAAAAAUGAAUAAAAAAGAAAAAAAUGGUAAUGAAAAAGGAAUAUUACAUUAUUUAAUGGGAGCCCUUUCAUGAUCUUGUAAAAAAAAAACACAAUUAUAAAUUUGGAAGGAUGCUAUCAGCAUAACUUUGUAUCAGUUUCCUGAUAGCUGAAAACUGAGGUGAUAUUGCAAAGCAAUAAAAAAAAAUUGAUUUAACUUAGGCAAAGUUUUGAUCAAGAAAUCUGAAGGRUUGUAUUUGUAAAAUAUUGAAAGGGAAGCUGUAUGCAAACUUUAAUAYGCAAUAAUAUGGGAGUAAAUUAAAAUGAUUUUGACUUACUUGA